AUGACUGUAUGGUGUCAACGCUGCAAUCGCCCCUACGGCACUAUCAAUGCGCUCGAUCAACAUGUCCGAGACUCUCCGAAGCACCACGACUGCCCCGAAUGCGACUUUGACGCCGAUACGUGGGACGAAUUGCUCGAUCACUGCCGCGACGAGGGCUGUCGCACCGUGUGUCAAGAUUGUGACGAUGGCGAUGGCAUACACUAUGAUCCUCAAUCGGAUGAGUACUGGAAUCAUGUUGAAGAGUUCAAUGUAUGCAUCCAGUGCGAGAGGCACUUUGACUCGCCGACCAAUCUUCACCAACAUCAGCUUUCUCAUCGUACACCAACGUACAAAUGUUAUGAAUGUACGAGCAUGUUCAAGACCUACGGCGGCAUGGUCAUCCAUCUCGAACACGGCACCUGCGGCGAUAUCGACUCCACCGACCUCAAUAAGCUGGCAGCCGUGUGCAAUAGAUGGGAUCAGUUCAUCGACACGAACUAUCGGGGUGAACUGUUCAAUCAAGGGCAUACGACGUAUAGUGCCACUCCAUUCAUGUGUCCGACUUGCGAUGCGGCGAUGUCGAAACUGUCGAGCUUGUUCCAGCAUAUCGAGUCGGAUUCUUGUGCGCAGAAGCUGAACGAGGGGGCUAUCGGACAGUUGAGGAGGUUCUUGAGAAGUCGGCUGAGCUGA